CCUCUGCGCUGGAUGGACGCUUUUCUGCUUGCUCUCGCUUGCUCUCGCUUCUGCUUGCAUUUUUUGCUACUAUCUGCUGCUAUUUUCUUACACAAAGAGCAACAGCUCUUGGAUACUUACCAAACCAGUGGGACUAUAUUUUCUUUUAGAUAACAGAGGCAUUUUUCAAUAUUUUUACGACGUCCUCAACACUACGCGAGGAGGCCUACCAUUCAAGAUAAGCCUGAGCCCGAGCCUGUGCUACAGUGCUAAAGGUAAUCAGCAUAAGAUGCCUCCUUUCUCUACGGAAGAUUACCACAAACUGCUAAAGAAGAUUUUACUGUUGGAAAUAAAAAUGAAUCGGUUGGAAGUGAAUUUAGAAGUGAAUGGACAAUGUGGCUACAACACCACUCUAGCACUCCUGUCGACUGAAAACACUGGACAGCACCAUGCUACAACCCAGCUAACUAGCAACAAUGAAGCUACGAAGAAACGGGAGGUCCCUGUAGAGGGUAAUAAAUCUACCAGUGAAAAUCCUCCCUGGAACACACUUGGUGCAAAGCCAAAGAGAAGACCACCUCCCUGCGACAAGGGAGAAUGGAUAUCUGGCAGGACCCAGCGCCCCGAUAUCUCUGAUCUGACCGGCUGGCCUGCGCUACCAUCUUCAGCCAGGCAUACUGCGUCAUCAACUCCACUGCCACGUAGGACACAGCAGCGGACAGCUGAGAAGAGGAGAACUACCAAUAAACCUCCCCAGCAAGCAAGUGUCCAACUAAAGAACAGGUUUGCCCCACUGUUGAUGGACAAUGGAUCCCCCUCUGAUUGCCUGAAUAACCCACCAUCACCACGCAGAAGGGAUAUGGUAUCUGACAUGGAAAAAAGAAUCCUGGAAAUUGUCGCUGCACACCCAAAUGUGAAAAAUAUCAUCCUGCACAUUGGUUUUAAUGACAUUGUAAAACAACAAUCAAGAGAGCUGAAAGAGCACUUCAAUAAACUCUUUGAAACAGUCAGCGCUGUGAAUGCUGACGUUUUUAUCAGUGGUCCUCUACCCCCAAUCAGGAGAGGAGCUGAGAGAUUCAGUAGACUUUACUCGCUGAAUGAGUGGCUAUCAAGUGCACUUCUUGCUCGUUCAAUGCAUUUUAUUGACAAUUUUAGCUUUUUCUGGGACCGCAGGCAUCUUUUUAAGGCAGACGGACUUUGCCUAAAUAAGAUGGGAGUAAAGCUAUUCAUGAACAACAUGUUUCACUUCCUGCAUCUUGCAUCUAUCAUCACUGCCAAGGACAAGAGACAAGAGGAGCCACCGAGGAAGGAAGACACAACACAGCCUAUCAGGAACGUCGAAGGAGGACCGCCACUGCAAAAGGAGAACGUCGACGAUGAGAUACACCAGAGCAAAGAGGAGAGGUGUCUAUCCUCCUCUACCGCCCCUCCUUCCAUUCUGAAUGCAUGUGAAGAUCCCUCCCCCACAUCCCCCAAGCCAUCCACGUCUCCAUCUUUCUCCCUCCCUCAAGUAGACCUUUCUCCCCCCUUCUCCCCCUUGGAGUUCCGGGAGCUACCCCCACUCACGCCCCACCCUACUCAGAUUUUUACCCCCCUAGAUCAUCGCUCACCUCCACCACCCCCUCCACGAAGGCGUGCUCCACAACCCCCCAGCCAUACUUCACCUUUCUCACGCCAACCCCUUACACGCCCUCAACGUCCACCUUCAGUAGUUCGUCCCAGCUCUGACGCUGCUCACUCCCCCUCCCCCUUACGGCAAACCCCGCCUCGCCCUGACAGCAGUCCUGAAUAUUUCUGAUACAGAAAAGGGUUCAGCAGUAGACCACAUUAUCAGCUGGGCCCAAGGUUGCCUACAUCAAAUCAUGGCACCUUCUACAUCCCUGUUGUGACUACCAAGAGAGUAAACAUUGGGAAACUUAGCCACCCUGCUAACCUAAACAAUCUCAUUCCUAUUAUCUCCAAAUCAAAGCCAACAUCGAAGCCUGUCAAUAACACCAUCAGGAUGGGUCUGCUCAAUGUCAGGUCUCUGAAUAGCAAAUCAUUUUUAGUCAAUGAUUUUAUUAGCACUUCUAAACUUGACUUUAUGUUUUUAACUGAAACAUGGCUGGAACAAAAUAACAGUGCAAGCAUUCUGAUCGAGACAGCACCCCCCAACUAUAACUUCAUUGAUAUAUGUAGAUCGGGGAAAAGAGGUGGAGGGGUUGCUGCUAUAUUUAAAAACAUGUUUCAGGGGAAACAGAUGUCACUCGGUGA